AUGAUCUCAAGCAUCCAUUCUGAGCCUCAAUCAUCGAAUCCAGAGGAUAAGGAUCUGAUCACCCUACAAGCUACUGUUGUAACGCAUCAUCAGAACAAAAACACACCCCUAUUGCCAGCAACAUCUCUUCCAAUUCUUGUACCUUCCUCCUAUAUCCCAUACAAGCUAUCCCCCACCCUCAUACAAGGCAAAAUUACUUGCCAUCAUGCACAAGACGUUUCCUUCUACAAGCGUGAAUUUCAUCAUACUCCCUUAUUUACUGUAUGGAUUAUUUGUCGAGAAAUUAAGCCCUUAUAUUCUCAAAAACGAUUUUUCGAACAUGCUUGGCAACGAAAUAUUCAAGUUCGUUUGAUGGAGAUGAACAAGUUUGAAUGUUUGGUCGCAACCAAUUCUUGCUCAAAUUCCGAUCGAGAGGUUGAUACGGCUUCUUCUCUUCUCUAUGAUGGAGAGAUUUGUAAGGAAUGGCCACAAGUCAUCAUUCCAAGAAUGGGCUCAAAAAUCACAUACUUUGGAUUAGCGUUGAUUCGUUUCUUUGAAGGCUUGAAGGAGAACAAGCCAUUCAUUCUGAACGAAUCGAAAGGUAUUGAAAUUGCCAAAGACAAGUUCAUUACCAUGCAAAAAUUGGCCUCUCAACACAUUUCAAUACCAAAAACCAUGCUAUUGAUUCACCCAUUGAAUAUUGAACAGGUACAUCAACACUUUGAAUAUCCAUUAGUGUUGAAAAAGGUUUCUGGCUCCCAAGGCAAGGGAGUAAUGUUGAUCCAUGAUCGUUCUCAACUUGUAGAUUUAGCUGAAAUGGUGGAUCCUAAUUCCCAAAUGCUUUUGCAAGAAUUUAUCAAGUCUUCUAAGGGUGUCGAUAUUCGAGUGCUCGUAUUGGGAGAGAAAGUACUUGGGGCAAUUAAGAGAAUUGCUAAAGAAGGAUUCAAAGCAAACUUUCAUCAGGGUGGAAACGUUGAACCUUUUGCGUUGACGCCCUGCAUUGAAAAUCUGGCGGUGAGUGCUGUGAAAGCGUGUGGAUUGUUGUUUGCAGGUGUGGAUAUUUUAAUGGGAGAGUCCUCUAAUGAUUCGUACCGCGUGUGUGAAGUGAAUUCCUCUCCUGGAUUUGAAGGAUUUGAACUUGCUACUGGCAUUGAUGUUGCACGUGAAGUCAUGUCUUUUUGUGAAACAAAUGUUUUUCACUGA